UUCUUCUUCAAAAGCGACCGAUGCUUAUCAUUGUUUCUCUUUUCAAAUCCAACAUUUCCUCUCCGUCAGCGACACCCAGGUCAAUGAAUAAGGAUGAUGAUGACUUGGGUGGUCCUCAUGAGGAGGACCUGGAUAAUAGAGCUCAAACAUCAGACCAAUUGGACUUGAAUGUAGAGCAGGAGUGUCGCAGCCCAAAAGUGAACCAUGUCGAUUCCACUCAUUCCAAUCUUCCCUCAAAAGUUGAAACUGAUGCUGAUGGUGUACUAAGAGUUGGAAUAGAAUUUGAAUCCGACGAACAUGCCUACAGAUUUUACAAUAAAUAUGCUAGGUUGUCAGGUUUUAGUGUUCGGAAAGAUUGGGUAAACAGGAGUAAGAUACAUGGUCAGGUGGUUUCUAGAAAGUUUACAUGUUCAAAAGAAGGUUACAGGCGGACAGACCAAAGAGAUGUUAUUGUAAAGAAGCAUAGGAAGGAAACAAGGACUGGUUGCUUGGCACAUAUGAUCAUUACCCGCAAACCUAAUGGUAAAUACCGGCUUAGUCAUUUUGAAGCAAACCACAAUCAUGAUAAUAUAAACCCUUACAAUGGUCAUGCAUUACAAUUGCAGAAGGACCUGUGCUUUGUUCAUGUUCCUGAAACUGAGCAGCCUAACAAUUUAGAAACACAAAACCCUGCCUUUGAUUUGACGAGUAAAAUCUUAGUGCGUGAAUCUCUUGAAUGUCUUCCUAUGGAUUAUUUCAAUCACCUAAGAUCUGAAAGGGUGAGAGAUAUGAAAGAGGGAGAGGCAGGUUGUUUGUUGCAUUAUUUUCAGAGGCAGCACUUUGAAAAUCCAUCAUUCUUUUACGCAAUACUGCUUGAUAUUAAUGAUAAGGUAAGCAACAUAUUUUGGGCUGAUGAUAAUAUGGUUGUGGACUACAAUUAUUUUGGUGAUGUGGUUCUUUUGGACAUGAGAUUUCGAACAAACAAAGACUAUAAGCCAUUUGUACAGUUUAUAGGUGUUAACCAUCAUAAUCAAGCUCUGAUCUUUUCUGCAGCACUUCUUUACGAUGAUACUGUUGAAUCUCUUAAGUGGUUAUUUCAUACCUUUUUAGAAGCAAUGUCUGGGAAGAAGCCGAAGGUCAUUCUCACAGAUCAAGAUGCAACAGUUGUUGAAGCAGUUGGUUCUAUCCUGCCAGAAACAGGUCACCAUAUAUGUGUCUAUCAGAUGCACCAGAAUACCCUAAAACACCUUAGCCACAUAGUGAAGGAUGCUGAUGCCUUUUCCAAUGAUUUUAGAAGUUGUAUUUAUGAUCACAAUGAUGAGGAUGAUUUCAUUCAUGCUUGGGAAGCUAUGCUAGAUAAAUAUAACCUCAAGCAAAAUGAGUGGUUGAGGUGGAUGUAUCGAGAAAAGGAGAAAUGGGCUGUGGUAUAUGGUAAGAAUAGAUUUUUUAUUGACAUGAAAUGUUCACAUCUAGGUGAGAGCUUAUCUAACAAGUUGAGAAGUUAUCUCAACGAUGGCCAGGAUGUGCUUCAAUUUUUCAAGCACUUUGAGAGGGUGAUGGAUGAGCAACGCCACAAAGAAAUCAAAGCUACUCAUAAAAUGAGCCACUGCAAGCCAGAAUUGAUGGGGAAUGUGAUUUUGUUAAAGCAUGCAAGUGAAAUCUAUACACCGAAGGCAUUUGAAGUAUUUCAGCAUGAGUAUGAAGAGUGUUUGAAUGUUGUUGCUAAUCAGUGUAGUCAAAAUGGAUAUUUAUCUGAAUACAAAGUUAAUACUUUCGGAAAAAGUCAAGAAUAUAUUGUAACAUUUGAUUCUUCAGAUGAUUUAGUCAUUUGCAGUUGUAUGAAGUUUGAAUAUGUUGGGUUUCUUUGUAGCCAUGCACUAAGAGUGCUUGAUCAUAGGAAUAUAAAGGUGGUUCCGUCCCGAUAUAUAUUAAAGAGAUGGACGAAAGAUGCAAGGAUUGGAUGUGCUCAAGACGAUAGUGAUUUUAUCAUACAAGAAAAUCCUAAGUUGGUAGCAGCAAGUCGUUAUAGAGAUAUGUGUCGUAGCAUACUCAAUUUGUCUGCCAGAGCAGCUGAAUCUUAUGAUGCAUUCCAUUUUGCUUCAGGGCAACUGAAUGAAACAAUCGAAGGGGUGGAGAAGAUCUUGGCACAAAAAGCUGAGGAUGCUCAAGUUAUUGCCUCAAGUAGCAGUGCUGCAACUGCUCCCGAUAGUGAAAACGUGGAGAUUUUCCUAGAUGGAAAUGCCAUUGAUGACCAGGAAAAAAGUUGCAGAACACAGAGUAAAAAGGAAAAUGAGGCUACUGAGCCACAUAGACAUAAACAGAAAAGCAUUUUGCAGAGAGGCUUGAAGAAUAGAAGAAUUCAGAAUGAGGGAUCAAACUCCCCGAACACAAUUACCUGCAUUUCUAGUUCCUCACCAACAAAUGUUUCACCUCAAGCCUCUGUCUCUGCUCCUGUUAUGCAGAGGUUAUUCAACUUCGAAGCCAAUCAAGUUGUCCAGUGUGUAGACCAACAGUCUACUUUGGGUAUCGAGCAAACGCCCCAUGCUGAAGUUUACCAGAAUCCUAACUUCUAUACAGAUCAACAUGGCUCGCCAAACCAAACUCAAUUACUCCAGGACAAGCCUUUAAUUCAUGGCACAUAACAUGAUUCUGUGUCAAACUACUGCCAGCUGAGGCAGGCUAUGGAACUUGACAUUCAACCUUCACAUUCAUCUUCAUUUUUGCUUUAUGAUGACGGAGAUAGAACUUACUGACAUUCCAUUUCUUGGGCCCAAAGGGAAGAAUAGAACAUGUUCUAUUAUCUUGUCAAUAUAGUUGUUUUUGUACAGUUCUUAAAUGAUAAGGAUAUUUUCACCUAA